GCGGGGCAGGGAGGCAGCAUGCUAAACCGGGUGCGCUCCGCCGUGGCGCACCUGGUGAGCUCCGGGGGCGCCCCGCCUCUGCGCCCCAAAUCCCCCGACCUGCCCAACGCGACCUCUCCUCCACCUGCCGCCCCUCCAGAAGCUCCCGGGAGCCCUCCGGCAGUGGCUGGGAGCGGGAGCGGGGCGCCCGCGAAGACGGUAGAGGCUCGAGCGAGCUUCUCCAGACCGACCUUUCUGCAGCUGAGCCCAGGGGCGUUGCGACGCGCCGACGACCACGCGGGCCGGGCUGUGCAGAGCCCACCAGACACGGGUCGCCGCCUGCCAUGGAGCACGGGCUACGCUGAGGUCAUCAACGCUGGCAAGAGCCGGCACAAUGAGGACCAGGCUUGCUGUGAGGUGGUGUAUGUGGAAGGUCGGAGGAGUGUUGCACGAGCACCUGGGGAGCCUAGCCAAGGCCAGGGACUCUGCUUCUACUAUUGGGGCCUGUUUGAUGGGCAUGCAGGGGGUGGAGCUGCUGAAAUGGCCUCACGCCUCCUGCAUCGCCAUAUCCGGGAGCAGCUAAGGGACCUGGUAGAGAUACUUCAGGACCCCACACCACCCCCCCUCUGCCUCCCAUCCACUCCGGGAGCCCCAGGUUCCUCUGAUCCUUCUCACCUGGCUGGUCCUCAGUCCUGCUGGCCUUCACAGAAGGAAGUGACCCAUGAGAGCCUGGUAGUGGGGGCCAUUGAGAAUGCCUUCCAGCUCAUGGAUGAGCAGAUGGCCCAGGAGCGGCAUGGCCACCAAGUGGAAGGGGGUUGCUGUGCACUGGUUGUGAUCUACCUGUUAGGCAAGGUGUAUGUGGCCAAUGCGGGUGACAGCAGGGCCAUCAUUGUCCGGAAUGGUGAAAUCAUUCCAAUGUCCCGGGAAUUUACCCCGGAGACCGAGCGCCAGCGACUUCAGCUGCUUGGCUUUUUGAAACCAGAGCUGCUGGGCAGUGAAUUUACCCACCUUGAGUUCCCCCGCAGAGUUCACCCCAAGGAGCUGGGGCAGAGGAUGCUGUACCGGGACCAGAACAUGACUGGCUGGGCCUACAAAAAGAUCGAGCUGGAGGAUCUCAAGUUUCCUCUGGUCUGUGGGGAGGGCAAAAAGGCUCGAGUGAUGGCCACCAUUGGGGUGACCCGGGGCCUAGGAGACCACAACCUCAGGGUCUGCAGUUCCACUCUGCCCAUCAAGCCCUUCCUCUCCUGCUUCCCUGAGGUGCGAGUGUAUGACCUGACACAGUAUGAGCACUGCCCGGAUGAUGUGAUGGUCCUGGGAACAGAUGGUCUGUGGGAUGUCACCAGUGACUGUGAGGUAGCUGCCACUGUGGACGGGGUGCUGUCAGCCUAUGAGCCCAAUGACCCCAACAGGUACACAGCUCUGGCCCAAGCUCUGGUCCUGGGGGCUCGGGGCGCCCCCCGGGAUCGUGGCUGGCGUCUAUCCAACAACAAGCUGGGUUCCGGGGAUGACAUCUCGGUCUUCAUCAUCCCCUUGGGAGGGCCAGGCAGUUACUCCUGAGGGACACAGCCCCAACUCUCCCACCACCCACCCCAGCCUCUCCAUGCUCACCCAUCUCCCAGCCCAAAUUCUGAAAUUGUCUCCUGAUCCUUCUUUAGUGGCAAUUUAAUUGAAGAAGGGAUGUUGGCUAGAUCCAAAAUUACUGCUACUGGUAAAUAAAUCAGAUGGAUAAAGUUGUGUGUUU